AUGUUGGCGAUCGUAAAGGCGGGCGCUGCCGUGCUCCCCCUGGCCCCAAAGGAUUCGAACAGUCGCCUACAGGCCUUAAUAGAGCAUUCCGAAUGCAGCUUGAUUGUUGCGUCCCCAAUUCAGGCCACACGGAUCAAGGGCCUGGAUCUGUGCAAGCAGUCGGCUGGGAUUCAAAUCAUGCAGAUCGACGCAGAUGCGAUUGCCGAUUGCUGCAGAGCCAGGCGGAUGCCGCAUUCAAGCUCUUACGCUCCAAUAGCGCCUACACUGCCAUCAGAUCUGGCUUACGUCUUGUUCACAUCUGGGACUUCGUUGCACAGCAAAGGUAUGAUGUAUACGGAGUAUACUUUCGACAACAGCAUUCAGGAUGUGUUUGGCACCCUGAGUGCGGGCGGCUGCAUCGUGGUUCCUUCCGACGCUGAGCGCGCCAACAAUCUCCUCGAGUUUUGCGAGGUGCAUCAUGUCAACGCGCUUCACAUAACACCUACCGUCUUGCGGCUUCAUUUUGCCCAGCCGAGCACCACAAGCAUCCAGCUCAAGUCCCUUGUCAUUGGUGGCGAGCCUGUAAGGGACCACGAUCUUGACAUACUUCGCCAAUGGGCAGCUUUGUGCAAAGAUUUGCGAGCAUUCGUGGCGUACGGCUCGACCGAGACAUGUAUCGACUGCAUCGCUCGUCAGGUCACGUCGUCUGAGGCGCUCGCGCCUGUAAACUCCAUCGGCUCUCCAAUAUCAUUUCUAAUAUGGCAAACAUGGCUCGUCAGUCCGCUGACCCAGCGAUUGGCGCCUGUUGGUGCUCAGGCAGAACUGUACGUUGGAGGUCCGGCAGUCGCUCGAGGUUAUCUUCCUUCCAAUGAAGUAUCUCAGACGGGCUUCCUUGGCUUUCAGGACCCAUUUUACGGCAAAUCCGUCAACGUUGAGCCAAAAGAUCAACAGCCACACAUCCGCUUUCCGCACCCGUGA